AUGAUUCAGUUGAUUGUUUUGUUUUUGGUGAAAUGUGGUUUGUUCCCCAGAUGUGAAUUAAGAAUCAUCAGUGUCGAAAAACAACAGGCAACCACAAACUUACCUAUUAAUCAGCAGUGGAAGCUCGUCGCCGUCGUCGGUGGGGAAGCGGGAAGCUCGUCGCCGUCAUCGCCGUCGUGGCCCGUGGGAAUCGCUGCUCGUCGCCGUCGUCAGCAAAAGGAGCGGCCGGCGAAUACGAGAAGAAGAAGAAAGGUGGGCAGGUGGCUCUCUGGUCUCUGCGAUUUUCGAUUGAAGAAGAGACUGGGAGGGUCAGGGCUGGGCGAAGUAGCGGCGUCCGUCGUCGCCGUCGUGGCCUGGGAAUCGCUGCUCGUCGCCGUCGUCAGCAGAAGGGAGCGGCCGGCGAAUACGAGAAGAAGAGAGGUGGGGAGGUGGCUCUGCCUAUGA